AUGGUAGCCGAUUGCAGAUUGAAAUAUUCAGAGCAGCCAAUUAGCCGCGCCGCAUGUGGCGGCGACACACGUAGAAGGAAGUGCGGUGAAGGGCAGAAAACGGCGGACGAGAAAGAAGAGAAGCUGAGAUAUCCUUAUCUUCCAGAUCUAUGCCCAAUUGUUCCUUCUCAACACGUUAAAAGCGUGUUUCAAGUUCCUCAACCAUGGCUGAGUCCCCGACGAAUUAAAGCUCCUAGGGAAGCAUACGAGAGAGCAGAGAACAAUGACGAAAAGGGGAAAAAGAAAAAAAAAAGAGUUUAA